AUGGAGGACAGGCUUAGCCAAUUGCCAGAUGAAGUUAUUGUAUCAAUUCUGUCUCAAUUAACAAUUAGAGAAGCAGUCCAAACAAGUUCCCUUUCAAUUCAAUGGCACUAUCUCUGGAUGUAUGUCACACGUCUCAAAUUUGACGUUUCACAGUUUAUUACAUGGAAGAUGUUUUAUUAUCCAAGGUUAUGCAGAAAGGAAGGGAUGAAGCAUAUCAAUUUGAUUAAUAAUGUUUUGGAUUUCCACAAGGGUGGUCACUUAGAAGAAUUCACUCUCUCUUUUCCUUUUCAUAAGCAUUUUAAGCGUGUAAUAAGAUGGAAAUCAAAUUUGCUUCUCAAGAAUGUUACUUCAGUUCUUACUAUUGAUUUCAAGACGAGUAGAGCAUUGAUCUGUGAACUUGUUCAUACGUUUACAACCUAUUUCACUCUACUGACGACACUUUCACUUGAAUUUGGUCAUAUGGGGAUGGAUCUUCAUUUUCUUGAUCAUGCUUUACCAAAGUUCAACAAUCUCAAAGUGCUUGUGUUGAAAGUCGUAGGCGUGACGGAUGAAUCCCUACUUGGUAUUACUCCACUAAUAGAAGCAUCUCCAUAUUUGCAAAAACUGCAUAUUGAGCUUGAGUGGGCUAAAACGACGAUCUCCAAAAAAAAAGUUAUACGGAAAAAGUGUCCCAUCAGCAUCUCAAAGAAGUCAAAUAUAGUGGUUACGUUGGUGGUUUUGCUGACAUGA